AAGGCUUGGCUCCGUCUACUCUCAGUGCCGUCACUGUGGCAGUCUGGAGAUUUUAUCUCAAAGAACGAUGAGAAAGCCAUCCGGUUUCUUGAUAUCACAGCCAGCCAUUUGAAUUCAGACAAUCACCAGCUGCUGACCAUCAGACUGACAAAUCUGAAAAAAGUGAAAAAAAUGAACGUCUUGAGCCUAAUUCCAGGAUUUCGAAGCGCGAUCUCUGGUUUUAGCAAGUUAUCAGACUACGGUUAUUUGGAAGAUGACUUGCUGCUCAGCAAGUUGAUUACAAUUCAAGCUGAUGAAAUACCAAAGUUACAAAGUCGAAUAACCCCUCUAGCGUGGGAGAAGCUUACAGCGGCAUGUCCUGAGCUAAUAGCUAUUUUUCACAUCAUGCACAAUUCUGAGUCGUGCUCCCAAGACGCGACAACGAUUCUAUUACCUUUUAUGCCACUCUAUCAAGUCAAGUGGAAAGCUGGUGACGCCAUCGCUAUAGAGAACUUAGAGAAGUUCUUUCAACAUGUGGCACAGAACUUUCAGAAUACCUUACACCACCUUCAUCUACAAACUUGUAUCAGUCCUGACAUGGAACACUUUGAGUAUUUUUUCAAAAGUUUGCAGGCGCGCAAAAAUCUUGACACCCUGUCCCUGUGUUUGAAAAGCUACAAGAGUGGUGACGUAGAGAUGUACUCGCAGGCAAUAAGAGAUGUCAUGACGCGAUGUCCAGUCUCAUGUGACGUCACACUGAAAGAUCAAGCUGUGAAGUUUCAGCCUGACUGGAGCCAGCUGCCGUACGACAUUUUGCUGCACGUCUUCCGUUACCUGAGCAACAGCGACAAGUUCCACGCCGCUCUCACCUGCAAGUCUUGGCUCCGUCCACUCUCAGUGCCGUCCCUGUGGCAAUCCGGAGAUUUUGUUUUUGACUCAAAAAGUGACGAGAAAGCGAUCACCUUUAUAAACAUCACAGGAAAAAGCAUACGACAUAUACACGCAGAAUGUAAAGAAGUUAAAACUGUUAAUAUGGAUCUUGAAUGCCGCCCAUCGUCUUCCGAGAAGAUGUAUCUGUUUUUAGCCACCAUUUUGAAUUCAGACAAUCACCAGCUGUUGACCUUCAGACUGAAAAAUCUGAACAAUUUAGAAGUGUAUUAUGGCGAAGAAAGGUCAAAAUCAUUGUCCGAAGUGGCUACACUCCUGACCAAAGUCUUGAAAGUCCAGCGACAGCUUCGUGUCCUGGACCUUAGCAACAGCCAAAAUUCUGUGAAGAGCUUUUUAGAUGUUUCUCUUACCGUGUAUGAAGGUAUAAAAUUACUAAGUGCUGCCGCAGAACACUGCGCCACCACCAUCCAGAAACUUGCGAUCGCCAGGUUAAUUUGUCUUAAAAACAAUAAUCGAAAUAACUUGAGCCAAAUUCCAGGAUUUCGAAGCGCGAUCUCUGGGUUUAACAAGUUGUCAGAACUGGACCUGAGUCACAGUUACAUCAACGAUGACCUGUUGCUUAGCUUAGCGCGGACGACAACCAGCCUGAAAUUGAUUACUAUUCGAGCCGACGAGCUUCGAAAUGUAGAACAUGGAACUACCGCAGCGUGGGAGCACCUUACAGCGGCAUGUCCUGAGCUAAAAGCUGUUUUUCACAUCAAGCACAAAUCUGAGUCGUACUUCCAAGACGCGACAAAGAUUCUUACACCUUCCAUACCGCUCUAUCAAGUCAAGUGGAAAGCUGGUGCCGCCAUCGCUAUAGAGAACUUACAAAAGUUCUUUCAACAUGUGGCAGACCACUUUAAGAAUACCUUACACCACCUUUAUCUACAAACGGGUGUCCGUCCUGACAUGGAACACUUUGAGCAUUUUUUCAAAAGUUUGCAGGCGUGCAAAAAUCUGGACACCUUGUCCCUGUGUUUAAAAAGCUACAAGAGUGAUGACGUAGAGAUGUACAUGCAGGCAAUAAAAGAUGUCAUGACGCGAUGUCCAGUGUCAUGUGACGUCACACUGAACGGUCAAAUUGUGAAGAUCCCAUUACAAAGAAGGAUCACAAUCAUGGCAGAUGACAAACACCACCUAGAACAUUUGCCACUACCUCCAGAAAUUUAUCUUGAACCCAUUGUCAAGUUGCCCCUCUUUGAGAUUAAGACAAUGGAAGAAGAUGAAGAAGUGUUGUUAAACUUGACAGCAAAGCUUUUCCGCUAUGCUCAUGAUGCAGAGCCUAAAGAGUGGAAAGAAAGAGGCACAGGAAAAUGCAAAAUUUUGAAACAUAAAAAAAACGGCCUGAUUAGGAUUUUAAUGAGAAGAGAAAAAACACUGAAAAUUUGUGCCAAUCACUAUAUCUAUCCAUCUAUGGAACUCAAACCCAACUGUGGCAGUGAUCGGGCAUGGGUUUGGUCCACUACAGGAGAUUUUGCAGAUGAAGAAAGCAAAGAAGAGGUGCUUGCCAUCAGAUUUGCAAAUGCAGAAAAUGCCCAGAAGUUUAAAACAGUAUUUGAUGAGUCUUCAGAGGAAAUGAAGAAAGUUUUGAACAAAAAGUCAGUUAUAGAAAAUGGAGAUACUAAUGCCGAAAUAAAAGAUGAAGAGAAGGAAAAGGUGAAUGAUGGAACCGCUGAGCUGGCUGGUCAGUUGAAAGACUUAAAUGUCAGUAAGCAUACAGAAGAGGGUAGUACUGAGUGAUAUUUAAUUAGACAGUGAAAAUCAUUUUACAUCUUGCCACAGUCUACAUGUUGUGUUUAACGUUGAUUCCAUUCAGCACUCUCCUACCUUCCUCCCAGGCAGAAUAAAGGACAGUGUUGUAUUCAUAAUGACAUUGGUUAGCGGUUUACGUAACUCUAAAAUAUCCUUAUGUCUAGAAUUAAAGUGAUGUCAGUUAACAGAGGUUUGAAACAUUUUUUGGAUAAAGUAAUGAACUUCAUGUGUAUGUUUCUUGCAAUAUUCAUAUACAUUUUUUUAUGACAAAAGCUGCUUUACUGGCUAA